CUCCCCCACUGCCCCGCCGUCUCCCUCCUCGCCGUCGCCGAGAUCUCCCACCGCCGUAUUUCCUCCGAGCUCCUUUCUCGGAGCCCGGUCGCGCCGCCGCUAACCGAGCGGAGAUUCAGCUCGAGCGCCGGCGCCGGCGCGGCAGGGAGGCCGCGCGCAUCGGCGGCGACCAGAGAGGAGGAGGAGGAGGAGGAAGACGGCGGGGUUCUCGCGCGCGCGUCGGCACUCGUCGGCGUGCGGCGGAGCAGGGGAAGGGCGCCGGCUGCUUCAGGUUGUAAUCUCUGGGGUCGCCUAAAUGCUCCGAUCCUCCUCGCUGCACACGCUAGACGGCGUCCUGUGGGCCGAGGCUGCCUCCUCGGCCGCCCUCCGCCAGUACUAUGCUCUCCCCAAGAAGGGCAAGCCGCAGGGGCGUGAGUCCACCGUCCUUGCCGCCUUCCUGCUCUCCUCCCCACAGAACCCUCUCGACCCAACCGUCCUCUCCCUCGCCACCGGCACCAAGUGCCUCGGCGCAGCUCGCCUCGGACCUCGUGGUGACCUCGUCCAUGACGCCCAUGCCGAGGUCAUUGCACGACGCACGCUUCUGCGCCUCAUCUAUGCCGAGAUCGGUGCGGACAGCCCGCCAAGUUGGCUGGUUGCGUCUGGCGCUGAUGGGCGGUGGAGGCUGAGGGACGGGCAUCAGCUGCAUCUCUACAUCACCCAGCUCCCCUGUGGGGUCAUGCUGGUGCCACCGUCACCCGUGGAGGUUCGAAGGGAACAAAUUGGUACCAUGGUGAAUGGAUGCAGUGAUGUUGGUUUCGUUCAGAGGAAGCCUGGGCGUGGUGAUACAACACUGUCAGUGAGCUGUUUUGACAAAAUUACUCGCUGGUGUGUCGUCGGAAUUCAAGGUGCACUGCUAUCACAUAUUCUCGAACCCUUGUAUUUGUCCACCAUUACCAUUGGACAAUCACCUGAUGCUGCACCUGAAGGGUUUUGUAUUGAAGAUAAUGUUGUAAAGGUUCUUGGUGCUCGUUUGUCCUGUCUAUCUGGAAAAUUUCCCGACCCUCUCAAACCGAGCAAGCCACUAUUUUUCGAAGCACCUAUUCCCCCUAAAGAGUUUCAACAGACUUCAGGAGAUAUACCCCCUUUGACAUGCGGGUAUUCAAUAUGCUGGAAUAAAUCCGGCUUGCAUGAAGUUAUUUUAGGAACAACUGGGAGAAAACAAGGCACAUCUUCAAAGGCAGCAUCCUCACCCUCCACUGAAUCAUUGCUCUGCAAGAUAAGAUUGGCAGAGGCCUUCAUAUCACUUGAACAUCCACUAGUCACAAAAUUCCGGCAUGAGAAGCUUUCUUACCGUGCAAUUAAGGAUAUGGCUUGUGAGUACCAGCAGAUGCUUGAGCUUCUUAGGAAGGCUCCAUUUUUUGGCCGGUGGCGUGCUAAUCCAGCAUCAGUUGAUUCGUUUACAGUUCCACGGUCAUAACCAGAGCUCGAAGUUAUGCUGCGUCCCAGAGGCUGGUUCUUGAAGUUUCUUGAUUUCACCAUAAUUCUAGCAGUUUUGUAUACCAGCUCUUUCAACUUAUUUAUAGCAUGUAUGCUUCUGCACAACACUGAAGUCUUUUGAACAGUUGUAGCCUGUAACAAACCUCUAAAGCCCUGUGUUGUUUGGCGCCGAGAAAUUAGAUCUUUUGCCCCACUUUACUUCUCCAUUAGAUAAUUUGCGCCCCCCCCCCCCCCCCUUUGAGAGGCUGUCGGGUGGGGCCGGGGCCACUGGUCAUUGAAACAACCCUGGGGCAAAUCAUCUAACCCAUUGUAAGGUGUUUAUAUGGAUUGGUAACUAUGUAACUCUUGUUCUUUUAAUUGUUGGAGAGAAGAAGAAAAGGAGAAGCAAUCGGCAUACAAUAAAUAUGUUCACUCCGUGAUGUUUGUCUCAAAUGUCCCAAAAUAGUAGACUUUGCCACUUCUCAAGGAACAGUCCACUUAGUUGUCUGAAGUUACACAGAGCAGUAUUUUGCUGUACCACUCUCCAGUACUUUUAUGACCUGUUAAGAUACUGAUUUACAGUUGACAGUUCUUCUCUUCCCAAUCAUGUACAGGCGUUGACACUAUUGCAAGUUCAUUUUGAUAACAAGUGCCAAUGAGGUCUAACUUUCAAGCUUACAGUAGCUUCUUUGUGGACCUAUUGCAAGCACACUAUUGUUAGCACCAUACAUCCAAGAUCAUGCAAUGAUUCAGAGGACUUGCGGCCAAACCUCUCCGUGAAAACUGGCGCGGUUUGUCACAAAUUUCUGUGGGAGUGGUCACAAGGGUAAUUACCAGGUACGCAUUACCUGAAUGAUCUCUCUUUUUAGGCAGAUGUCAACAAAGCAAAGUAAAGGGUUAAGAGUAGCAGCUGCUGAGAAACAAGACCUGUUUUGGAUAAAAUCAUCUUUUUUUUACCCACUGUAUAUCCCUUUAUUAGACCAGGACAGUUUCACCAUCAUCUAUCAGUGUAGGCUGUAGAAGCAAGGAAAUCUGAGGGAUACUAUAUAAGCCAAAAGGAAAUCUUGUUUUGGUUGUAGCAUACUGGUAUUUUGCUUCCUCCACAUCUUCUGAUUGGCUAAAAAACAACGACAACGUGUGGAAUUGCCUGUGCGGUGAUGAGCUGAACAGAAAUGAAACAAAAAAUGUACAGACAUGAUAGGCACUGGUGCAUGGCCCUAUAGCACCUAAGAGAUGUCCAUGAGCAAUGUUCUACAGUAAGUAGCUACUAUCAUUAAGUGGGGAGUGGCUGAUGGCCCUCCCUCUCACAUAAUACUCCACACCAAACUCACCUCUGACCAGUGGUGCUAGUCGACAACACAUGAGGCCAAAAGUGUAGUCUAGAGCACAGUACUCUUGUCAUUACAUCAGGAUCGACAUCUAGGUCUAGUAACUACAACACAUCACUCCAAGGUGUCUGAUUGAUUCUGACUCCAGUACUCCAUCCCACUGUUCUUCCAGCAAUUUCUUUUCCCUUCCUAGCUACUAGGAGCUGGGCAAGAACUGCAAGGAGGAAAAAGUAGCAGUAGAUCCUUGAGAUUUUCCGUCUGUUUUUUUGCUUUGUAUGCUUGUCUGGAUGCAGGAUAGGCUUCAGUUGCAAGCCAGAGCAACCAGUCGUCAGUGCGAGUUGGCCGUAGUGGGAUUUGUGGUAUGGUGCAAGUGAGUACCAAGUAGAGGACACUAGUGGUGUUGCUUAGGAUCUCCUCAAAGGAAAGGAAAGGAAGCUGUACUGGUCACCACUGCCUGCUGCUUCACAGCUCACACACAUAACGCCAGAAGAUACAAAGUUAGAAGAAAAAAAGGAACACUUUUUAAUCUUUUCUUUGUGCUAAUUAACAUGAGAGAGUGACCAAUGUUGAAAGACAAAACAAACAAACAUUGGUGAGCAUGUUUAAGUUGUGGAGUUUGUUCAGUUUGCCUAUGAAGAACAAACCAGACAAAACCUGAAAUAUAUGCCUGGUUCCAGGAUACUACUGUUAACUGACAAUAAUCCACUUAGUUCCCCAGGCCAGAAUCUAUGCAUAUGUUGUCUGUUAUGCUUGGAACCUAACCUGGUGCGUGACAAAGCAUCAUUAAAAAAGCCUUCUUCUUCUUCUUUCCUUGGAUUAUUUUAUUAGUACUAUUUAUUAAUCAUCUCACCUUCUUUUCCCAUUAAAUAAUACCUACCGGCUCCUACUUUAGAAAAGCAUCGCGUCAUCAAAAAGGCCACCGGCAUAGCAUCUGCUUGCUUCCUGGAUAGAUCAUUGCUAAGUACCAUGCUUUUGUCCUCUGAACCACUUUCUGCUUGUGCAAUCUAAUCAAGUAAUCAUGCUUAGCAGAGGCUAACAGGUGUUGCAAUUAUGGGUUGCCUCAGCCUCUCUGCAUUUUGGUAAUGCUGAAAUUAUUACAUUAUUUGGAGGAGGAGGAGGAUAAGAGGGUGGCCAUGGCUGCUGAUGACAUGGAUGGGACCACCGUACCUGCUGAUGAUGAGUUUGCUGAAGAGAAUUAAAAGGUGGCAACAUCAGAGAGGGAAAGCUGGAGGGAGGGAGGCAGCAGGCAGACCAGAAAGAGCAGUGGGCACAUGCACUGCCUUGAAUACCAGAAGGCCUGCUUGUUUGUGGCAUGAGUGCUACCAUUCAUCACAAACAUCCCCCUUCCAUGAAACUAACCAGACAUUUCCUUUCUACUGCUGAAAGAAAGAAAGGGAAGAUGAAGAUGAAGAUGAGCCUCUGGUUUGGCUUGGCUUGGUUUGCCAGCCCAAGGAAAGUAUAGGAAACAAGCAUUCAUACUCUCUUGGCAUCAAGGAAGGAUUGCAGAUGCAGGAAGGGAGAGAGAUGGUAGGGGGGCACACCGCCACUAGACUAGCUCGGCACUCACUGCAAUGGAUGGCAAAUGUCACCUACAAACAUCUCCAAGGAUAUGCGUUUUUCCUCUGUUCCUAGACCAUGAAAGCAGACUCACCGGCAAAGUGUGGUGUGCCCCCACAAAACAAAACAAGCACUACUUCUCCGCCGAAGUUUUUUUUUGGUGGCAUUUCUGUAGCAGCAGGGUAGUACUCCCUCCGUCCUAAAAUAAGUGACUCAACUUUAUGCUAACUUUACGAUGCCAUUGAGUACUUCCUGCGUGUGAGUAAAAAGAGCCUCUCCUCUUGGCAAUGCCGUUGUGCCGUUAUGCGGAAGGGUUUGUGUUUUUGUUGUAGAUUGCUUGGAUUAUGGACCGCAGGAGCACAUCCACCGGCAAAGAAGCUUGGUGUCCGAAAGGAGGCAGCCUUCUUGGGAUUGCGGCCAUUUCUCUGCUCAAAAUAUGAGGCUGGACACCGAAUUGGGUUUUCGCAACAAAACUGCACUUUAAACGCGGGAGGGAGGAACCAAAUCAAAGCUAUUGGACGGGGUGGCUCUUGAAUCGGAAAGUCGUUUUGAGUGUCAGCGGUAUGGAGCGGUACAUCCGCUACCACACAUUUGGUUUUAUGAUUCGUGCUAGCUAUUGCGCACACACAUGUACUCCCUCCGUUCGGAAUUAGUUGUCUCGGAAAUGGAUGUAUCCCUCCGUUCGGAAUUAGUUGUCUCGAAAAUGGAUGUAUCUAGAACUAAAAUACAUCUAGCUACAUCCAUUUUUGCGAUAAGUAAUUCUGAACGGAGGGAGUAUAUUCUUUGUAUUGGGGUUUUUCAGUUUCUGGUAUUCUUUUUUAGUCAAAUCAACUGUCGGUCC